AUGGGAAGAAAAGCCAAGAAUAAGCAACCCGCUCCUCCCUCAUUAGAUGAGUUUCAUGAGGGUAAGAAGCGUAAGGGACACAAAUCAGCCGGUUCGAGCUCGUCUUCCUCGAAGAAACAUAAGCCUAAUGGUACUAAUGGCACCACUGAACACAAAAGUAAAAGAAGCUCAAAAUCGAAAACUUCUGCUCCUAUUGAUAAAGAGGAAAUUGAAAAGACCAAGAAGAGUCUGUUUGAGAACUCUGAUGAGGAGGAAGAUGACGAUGUGGUAGGAAGUGAGCUAGAUGAUGAUGAAUUCUAUGAUUCAGACGAAGACCGUCAAGCUAAACCAAUGUUCAGUGAUGACGAUGAAGAUGACGAGAUUCUUGAACAAAUGAAUAAGAAAGCCGCUGCUACUUUCGGUUUAGAAGAUAGUGAAGACGAAGAGGACGAUGACGAGGAUGAAGAGGAGAAUGACGAGUUUGAUGUCGAUGAGGAAGACGAGGACGAUGACGAAGAUGACGAAGAUGGAGAAGAUGAUAGUGGCAAAUAUGCCACUGAAGAAGCUCCUAAAGCACAUGUUCUGCCUUCUGAACAAGAAAAAGAGAUAGAAACACAACAUCCAACAGACUUGCACGCAUUACGAACCCGUAUUCUCGAAGUUGUCAAGGUUCUUGAAGAUUUCAAGACCCUGGCUGAAGAAGGCCGUAGCAGAUCUGAAUAUACCGACCAGCUGUUAGACGAUAUUGCCGCUUACUACGGAUAUUCACGUUAUUUGGCUGAAAAGCUGUUUAAUCUGUUUUCACCAGCUGAAGCUAUUGAGUUCUUCGAGGCCAACGAAGUAGCCAGACCAGUUACUAUUCGUACCAACACCUUGAAAACAAGAAGAAGAGACCUUGCUCAGGCUCUUAUUAACAGAGGAGUCAACCUUCAACCCAUUGGUAAAUGGACUAAGGUCGGUUUACAAGUGUUCGAGUCUCAAGUGCCUAUUGGAGCCACCCCAGAAUACCUUGCUGGACACUAUAUUCUUCAAGCCGCAUCUUCUUUCUUACCAGUCAUGGCCUUGGAUCCACAGGAGAAUGAGCGGGUGCUAGAUAUGGCCUCGGCUCCCGGUGGUAAAACGACAUUCAUUUCUGCCAUGAUGAAAAACACCGGUUGUGUGUUUGCCAACGACUCUAACAAAUCGAGAACCAAGUCUCUGAUUGCCAACAUCCACCGUCUUGGCUGUUCCAACACCAUUGUAUGUAACUACGAUGCUCGUGAGUUCCCUAAAGUCAUUGGUGGAUUCGACAGAGUGCUGUUGGAUGCUCCAUGUUCAGGUACUGGUGUUAUUGCCAAGGACCCAGCUGUCAAGACCAGUAGAACCGAGAAAGAUUUCAUUCAACUGCCACAUCUCCAGAAACAACUGCUUCUGUCGGCCAUAGACUCUGUGGAUGCCAGUUCAAAGACCGGAGGUGUGAUUGUAUACUCGACCUGUUCGGUCAUGGUUGAAGAGAACGAGGCUGUUGUUGACUAUGUUCUCCGUAAACGACCCAACGUCAAGCUUGUUGAGACUCAUCUGGAGAUCGGAAAAGAAGGGUUCACGAAUUUCCGAGGCAAGAAGUUUGAUCCUUCAGUCAAACUGACCCGAAGAUACUACCCUCACACAUACAAUGUCGACGGAUUCUACGUGGCCAAAUUCCAGAAGACCUCAGGUUCGUUCCACGACAACAGCAAGGCUGGUGCCAGAGAAAAGGAACGAGCCAUCCGCGAAGAUGAGGAUGCUGAGCCACUCAUCCACGGCGACUUUGCCGAGUUCAACGACCCCGAAGACUCUGCCCUCAUCGAGCAAACUAGACGUCGCUCCAUGAAAAAGAAGGGUCUCAACCCCAAUGCACACAAACCCAAGCCUGCCAAGAACUAA